UUAUGUGGAUAUUGUUUAUAUUGCUGAAUUGGAGAUAAUAUGAGGCAUUUACCUUAAUAAAUAUGAUCUUUUAGGCGUUCCAGAGCUUCUGUUUUGUUUGAUUUUGCUAACUCUCUGAAACAUUUAUGGUCUGCCGCCUCUUAUUUCUGUAGUGAAGCUGUGCCAAUGAUUACACAGGCUAGAUCUGAUGAAGUUUUUGAAGAUUUAUUCUCGUCUCUCCCUCUCUUUUUUUUUUUUUUUUAAUUUCUAAACCAAUAUUCUGUUGAAGCAGAGCCUCUAUUUUCAGUGAUACUUAAAGUGGGAAGAGACAUCUAGAUCUGAUCGAUUAGUGUAGUCUCGUGAUCCUUUUGAUUGCUUAUAUAUUCUUCUCUUCCAUUUGUCCUCGUCCCCUUUCCCACUGCAUAUCUGUUUAUAGAAGGAGCUUCUGUAUGAAAACCAUUUGAAACUGAGGAAUGGCCAAAUUCCCCAUACGUAAAUUGUAAGAAUGGAGGGGACUGUAUUCACACCCUCUCUGGAAGGAAUGAAGCAUGUCAAGUCUGAAGAAGGGGAAAUGUUAACCAAACCUUUCUUGGAUGUGUGCAAGCUGAUAUUGCCUGUUAUAGAUAAGUUUGGAGCUGCUAUGGCACUUGUAAAGUCUGAUAUUGGUGGUAAUAUUUCGAGAUUGGAAUCAAAAUAUUGUUCCAACCCUUCAGAAUUUAACCUCUUGUACAGCAUGGUACGAGCAGAGGUUGAGGCUAAAACUGCAAAAGCUUCAUCCAGUUGCACCAAUGGUCUUCUCUGGUUAACAAGGGCAAUGGAUUUCUUGGUUGAACUGUUUCGGAAUUUGUUGGAGCAUCCCGAUUGGACUAUGUCUCGAGCUUGUACUGAGUCCUACAACCAAACCCUGAAAAAAUGGCAUGGCUGGGUUGCGAGUUCAAGUUUCACUAUUGCCAUGAAACUUGCUCCAGACAGGAAGAAGUUCAUGGAGGUUAUAGGGGGUACAGGUGAUCUCAAUUCUGACAUUGAGAAGUUCUGCUCAAACUUUGCUCCACUUCUUGAAGAGAACCACAAGUUCCUUGCUAGUGUUGGCUUGGAUGAUCUGAAAGCAUCCUGAAGAAAGAAGUUCUUCCGGUCCUGAUAAGCACAGAUAUCUCCAUUCAAAUCCUUUAUUUCUUCAAAUCUAGAGCAUAACCUGUAAACUUUAGAGCAAAUAGGUUAUUAGUAUUUAGAAUUCAAAGUACAACAUUUUCUUUCCCCUUUUUGGCUACUAUGGAAUUCUCUUCAAUUUAUGAUAUCGAUGCAACAAACAUGAGCCUACCAAUCUUUACUUCAAAUCACCAGUUUAUCUUUCUUUUACUUCUCUUUAAUACAAACAUAAUCUGUAUUCUGAGAUCAAAUUUGAACAUCAGAGAUUGAAUGAA